AUGCUCAGGGUGCCACAGAUGCAACUUCGGAAGCCAUCCCAAAACCUGUUCUCUGAGGCCUUGCAGUGCGAGAAAACCAAGGAUGCCGAACAGAGAUGCACGAAGCUGCAGGAGGACUUUGACCUCAAGGUGAAGACCCUUUUGGAGGAGGGUCAUGCGCGAGAGCUUUCUGCCGCGAGUGCAGAGCAGAAGCUACAGGGCCAGUGUGACGAGUUGCAGGGCCAAGUGCGAGACCUGUCGGGUGAGCUGCAGAGGGUGACACAAAAGCUCAGCUCUUCCGAAGCUGAUCUCAAACGUCGAGCUUCGGACUUUGAGUCGGAGCGGCAGAGCUUCGCUGAGGAGAAAGUGGGUUGGGAGAGCAGGUACGCGUCUCUUCUUCGUCAGUGUGAAGCUCUCACUACGGAGCGCAGCCAGCUGACGUCAGACAUCGAGGAGCUUACGGAGCAUGCCAGCUCCUUGCGUGAUGAGGCGCAGCUACAGCGACAGGAGAUGGAGGAGGCCUACGAGAGCGUGACCUCUGUCCUGGAGCGAGAGAGGGAGGACGCGAAGAAGGAGGCCGAAAGCUCCAAGAGCCAGAUCCAGCAGCUCCUGGCGGACCAUGAGGUCCUCUUGCAGGAGAAGCAACAACUAAGUGCGACCUUUGAGAAAAUGAAGAUGGACAUGGAGCAGGCAACAAAACGUCUGCAGGAGGAGCACGCGAGAGCUGUGACGGGGCUUGGGCAGCAGCACCAGCAGGAGGUGGAGGCCAUCAGAGCCGAGAUGGCCAGGAGGACGGAUGAGCUUCAGACGGAGCAAGAGAAGCUGCGCGAGAGCGAGGGUAAGCUGUUGCAGCAGCAGAAGGAUCUGUCCGUGAAGUACUCCCAGCUGGAGGCACAGCACGAGCAAAUGCAGCAGGAGGCCAGCAGCAAUCUCCAGGCUCGGGAUGCGGCUUUGGAGAGAACAGUCCAGACUGCCCGGGAUCAGCAAGUUGAGCUUGAGCGGAAGCUGGAGCGCAGUCGCGCGGACUUCGAGGCCUACGAGGGACAGCUGAUGCAGCUGCAGCAGGAACACGGCAGCUUGCGGCAGCAGCAUACAGAACUACAACAAGGCCACGACUCCUUGCAAGCGGAGCACAAGCAACUGCAGACCGACCAUGCAGGUGUCGUCCAGGCACGGGAGCAGCUGAAUAGCGACGUUGAAAGCCUCCGGCGGGAGAUGCUGCAGAAGCUGCAAGAAAGGGACGAGCACAUCUCCACCACCAUCAUGGACCUCAGGGCGGAUGCAGACAAAAGGCUCGCGGCCAAGCAGGGCGAGCUCGAUCGCUUGGUGGCAGACUUCGAGCAGGAGCGACAAACCCUGCAAGCCGACAUCUCGGAUGCGAAGGCCGCCCUGUCCCAGCAGCGGACCGAGAUCGAGGAGCGAGACCGACGCGCAGCCAUGCAAGCGGACGAACAUCACAAGCGCUUGAGCGACGAGCGGGAAGGCGCCGAUCAAGAGAGGCAGCUUCUUCAGCGCCAGCUGGAGCAUCUGAGGACUCAGAUGGACGAGGCCCUGAAGCAGAAGGAGCAGGAGCACAGCUCUUCGACCUCCAACCUCCAGCGCCAGCGUCAGGAGGAGUUGGAGCAAGUCCAAGCUGAGCGUGAUCGGGCGCAGCACUUGGCGCAGGAGAAGCAGACGGAGCUUCUGCGCCAAGGUGAAAGUUUCGAGGCCCGCAUCCGGCAGCUGCAGGAGAGCCACAGCCGGCUCGCAAGCGAGCGCGAAGCCCUGGGCCGCGACUUCGACGGCUUCCGAGCUGAGGCUGCGGAGAAGCUUCGGGUACGUGAGGAGGAGUUGGCCAAGCAGCUGAAGGAGAGGGAGACUGAGCAGUCUGCUCAGGCCACGGACUUUGCUGCCCAGCAGGCGAAGCUUGAGCAGCAGCACGCUGACUUGCAGCAGCGCCACGAGAAGUUGACUGGCGAGCAUUCCGUCGCCCUGGAGCAAAAGACGCGCCUGCAGCAGGAGUUCGAAAGCUUUCGCGACGAGUCAUCGCGGAAGCUGCAAGCAAGCCAAGAGCAGCUGCUGAAGACGGCCUCUGAGUUGCAGGAUGAGAUGUCGCAGCAGCAGAAGGCGCAGCAAGCCGAGCAAGCUCGAGAACGAGAGCAAUGGACUGCGGAUCAGGACAAACUGCGGCAAAGCCUGGCUGAGGAGUCUGAGCGCAAGCUGCAGCUGGAGAAAAACAACGCAGAGCUCGAACAGAGGAUCGCCGACCUCGGCCGUGACAAGGCAAAGCUGAGCUCCGAAAUCGAGGAUGUUCUGAACAAAUCCUCUGAACUCCGGGUCGGCGCUGAGCAGCGCCAUGAGCAGAUGGCAGAAGCUCACCGAGGCGUUGUCACCGGGCUGCAGAACGACCUGGAGCUCGAGCGGCAGCAGCGCUUAAAGGUCGAAGAAGAAAGGGCAGCCUUGGAGGAGGCUUUGCGAGCCCAGAGGGACAAAGUGGCGUUCCUCGAGGAGGAGUUGGAGCGGACGACUGCCGAGUUCAGUGAAGCCAAGGAGAUGCGUCGACAGGAGCUUUCCGAUCGAGCCGUCGAGGUCUCUGCCCAUGCUGCUCAAAUGGAGGACCUUCGGCAACGCAACGCUGAGCUGGAGGCAGAUCGUGCCCGACUGGCAGAGGAGAGCCAGCGACAGCGGACAGAGCUGCAGCAAGGCCGCGAAGGCUCUGCAAAGGAGAUGUCGGUCAAGGAUGCGGAACUGUCGACGCUCCGAGACGAGGUGAGACGCUUAGAGGCGCGUGGCGACGAGCUGGCGCGGCAGGUGGAAGCCCAGGCUUCCGAGAUUUCGCAAGUUUCGGGACAGCUGCACGAGCGUACACAGGAGCUCGCAGAUACGUCCAUCCAGCUCGCCGAUCGGACGGCCGAGUCUCGUGCGCAAGCCGCGGGCCUCGAGGAUCUGCAGCAGAGGCACACCAAGCUCGAGGCCGUCCAUUCUGAGCUGGUGGAGGAGAGCCAGAAGCUGCGCCUCGAGCUGGAGCAAGGACGGGAGAGGACCAACGAAGAGCUGGCUGCAAAAGAUGCGCAGAUUGCCUUCCUGCGGACAGAGGCCAGCCAGAGCCAAGAGUCUGCGCAAGCCCAGCUUGGCGAUCAGGAAAGGCAGCUCCAGGCGGCACGUGAGCAAGCAGAAGCCGACCGAGCCAUACUGCAAAAUGAGAAGUCGAUGCUCCAGGAGGCGCGCGACCGAGCAGAGGCAGCUGGAGCCGCACUUCAAAGGGAGAAGUCGAUGCUCCAGGAGCUGCUGGACCAGAAAACGGCCUCAUCGGCUGCCGACGCGGAGAGACUCGAGGCCGACAAGGCGCAGCUCUCUUCUCUGCUGGAGGACGUUCAAGCCGAAUGCGACCGAAAGUUGGAAGAGGAUUACUUGAUCCAUGCAGGCUCGACGAAUUCGGGUAUCGAGCGCCGUUUGCGGGGCAAAUGUCCCCAUGCCUACGUUUACCAGAUGUUCUUAGCCGGAAGACGGCUCCGAAGCGGGGUGCAGGAACCAGAAGCUGUAAUCGGAAGUAGCUAUGGUGAUGACAACAAAGGAUCAGGAAACAAUGGCAUGGGCGUGGCCUUGGUGGUGGUCUUGCUCUUUGUAGUUCUGGUGAUGCUCGUGCUCUCUAUGGCUGACCCUGAUGUCGUUUUCAACUGCGAGAGUCGCAGCCUGCUCCCUCUCACUCUGAAAGUCCUGCUGAAGCUGUUCCAGGGGCUGGCACCACCCGCAUUGCUUAGCAAGUCCGACGACGACAUCCGCGAAAAGGAGGAGGACGAAGACAUGGUCGACGACGCCUGCAUCGCCUCCCUCCGCGGCGAGCUUAGCAGCCAGGCGGAAGCAGCGGAGAAGGCUGGCCCCAUGGGAGGGAAAGUGCCGCAGGAGAAGGCGCUGCUGCAGGGCAAGCUCGCAGACCUGGAGGUCGCUUACGAGCAGAAGCUGAGCACCCAGGAGGAGAAGUUCACCGAGUUCAAGCAGGAGAGCCCCAAAUGUCUCGUCACCAAGGAGAAGGAGGCACAGAGAGCCAAAAUCCGAGAGCCUCGUGCUCUUGCGGGAAUCUCCUGA